UUAUAUAGAUGGCGUUGCAAAGGCGUCAUUAUUUUCCAUCCGACCACCAUUUUUUCCCCGAUCAUUUCUUGUCUUCUGUAUGUCUUUCAACUCAGUUUAAUGUAUAGUGCUUCUGAAAUCCAAAAUAAUUAAAAGUAAUCAUUUAUAAUUUUUCGAAAAAACAAAUUUGAUGCCUGUACAAUUUUGUGCAAAUUUAUUUUGUCUUUUAUUUCUCAUUAAUAAAAACUUAUUACCAAGUUGAAGAAAGAAAAAAAUCACGGGAAGAAAAAAAAAUGUCUCUUUCAAUUGAAUCGAUACUUCUUUUGGUACUAGUGGCCAUUUUUUGGGGCGCAACAAAUCCUUUUAUGAAAAAAGGUGCUGUUGGCAUUGAGAAAAUAAAAGCAUCAUCUCGACUGAAGCAGCUAAUUCAAGAAACUUUGUUUCUAUUUACGAAUUUCAAGUAUUUAACACCAUUUGUGAUAAAUCAAAUUGGCUCUGUUUUUUACUAUUUCACACUACAGAGAACUGAUUUAUCGUUGGCUAUUCCAGUUUCAAAUUCAUUGACAUUCUUAAUAACAGCCAUAACUGGAAAAUUUUUAGGCGAAGGACAAAUUCACAGAAAUACUUACAUUGGAAUGUUGUUAAUUCUUUCUGGAACGACAUUGUGUUGCUUCGAUAAGAUAAGUACAGUAGAAUCAAAAUUAGAAUAAUUUCGAUAAUUAGAGAAACAAAAAUUUAUAUCAAAAUAAUGGUUAUAAUUGUGAAAAAAAAUGUUAAAUAUUUAUUUUUAUAUUAUAAUAAUAUAACAUAUUAUUGGUUCUUCAAAUUUUUGAACAAAGAUUAAAAAUGCUAUCAGAUAUUUGUGUGAGAAAGCUAAGGAAAAAUUCCUCUUUAACAGCUUCAAUAUUUAUAUUAUUCCAAAAACUUUGAAAUUAUUUUAAUUUGAAAAUAUUAAUUUUUUCUUUUUAACUUCAUGGAAUGCGAAAUGUUUUCUUAAUGAAAUAUUUCAUUUCUAAAUAAUUACGCUACUUUGUAGCAAUAUUAACUCAUUACUAAGAGCACGUUUUCACCGUGUGGUUUAAAUUUAAUCUUUUCUGAAGUUGAAGACAGGAGAAAUAUUCUGCGUUUGCGCAAAAGUUGUAUACAAACAUUUUUGCGCAGACGCAGAAUAAAUCUACAGCCUUUAAUCUCUCAAUAGAUUAAAAUUAUCCUCACGGUGAAAACGGUCACUAAGGAUAAUAUUCCUUUUGUCCUUGUACUAGAUUUUCCCACCAGCAAAAGAGAAUUUUCCAAAAAAAAAGCCAAGUUUCUUGAUUAACAUGGCCUCAUUAAUAUUGUCGAUUAAUUUUUAGUCUUAAUAUUGCAAAACCACGUUUAUUUGCAAAGAAUAACUAAAAAAAAUUUAUCGUACAAUACUCACCAAAAAAAACCAAAAUAUUCUCAUCGUAAACUUGCGUUAUACUUUCAUGCAA